CUCUUACUGGAAUCUCUGUCAUUCUUCGUCCAACCCAAUUCCGAUCGCCAACGACACUGCCCUCUUCGUUUCCUCGCGCUUCCUGAUCUCUUCCCCAACUCGUCUUCGCCGUUCGGACGCACGCGCUCCGCCGCCGCUCGAUCUUGCCGCCGCAGCUCGCCAUCGACGUAGGUAAGAACGGGAGAGCGCCGCCCUUCGACCGGAGGGAGAGUAGUCCCGCGGGAAGAAGCCCUAGGGUUUCCACAGCGCUCGCCUGGACGCCGUUGCUCGUGGGCGGUUGUGUUCCUGGAAGACGGGAGCGCGUUAGGGUUUGUCGGUUCGCCGCCAUGGCUCCCGGGCGGAGGAGAGGUGGGAACCGGGUUAAGGCCAUGGGGCAGCUCAAGACGGGGGAUCUCGUUCUCGCGAAGGUUAAGGGGUACCCUUCUUGGCCCGCGAAGAUAAGCAGCCCGGAAGAUUUUGAUCGAUCACCAGAUCCUAGGAAGUACUUUGUUCAGUUCUUCGGGACUUCGGAAAUUGCUUUUGUUGUACCAGCUGACAUUCAGGUGCUUACUAAUGAGUCAAAGAGUAAGUUGGCAGCUCGUUGCCAGGGUAAAACGGUUAAGUACUUUGCUCGUGCUGUGGAGGAGAUAUGUGAGGCUUUUGAAGAACUGAACAAGAAACAUUCAGCAGAAUCAGAGCAGGAUGUUGAAAGCACCAGUGCUGCCCUUGCAUCUCCCUCAAUCAGUGAUUCUGAAGAUAGCAAGCAUCAAUAUGAGGCAUCUCACUUGGAAGACCUGGAACAAAAACAUAAUGUGAAUGAUGAGCUGCUUGGAGCGGAGUAUGGUCAGGAGGGAAUUGUGUCCUCUGAUAUGGGUUUUGGUGGAUCUGGAACUCUCUUGACAAGAAAAAAAGCUUCAAGCAAUGGUGUUCAGAUUGCAAAGGAAAAGAAACUUGCAGUUUCUGUGUCAGAUUCUCAUGCUUUUUCUGGUAAGGAGAAAUUGACACAUACUAAUUCCAAUGAUGGUAAGAAAAAUGAACUGGAGAUGCCACCCAAAAUAGGAAUUGCAGAGCGACAACCAAAAGGCUCUGCUGCUGAUGAACCUCAGGAGUCCAGUAAUCACAACGAUGAAAAUGAACUUCAGGACAAAGAUGCAGGUAAUGCUUUGAAGGUUCUAGAAAUUGAUCAUCGAACCACAAAGGUCUCAGAGAAGAAACAAAAACUGGACAAUGCUUGUGGAGUUAAAAGAAACAUGACUCUACAAAAGCAGUUGAAUUCUUAUGGAAAGGGAAACAAGCUGCCUGGACAGGGAAAUAAAGGGGCCAUUUCAUGUGACCGUGGCAGAGAACCAUCUAAAAAUGCUUCAAGUGGUACUGACUCAAAAAAUGCCAAGAUAUCAAAGAGUCUGAAAAGACCUAAGGAACAUUCUAUUGAAAAAGAAAAGUUGCAUAGUGAUCUGAGGAAGGACUUAGCAGAUGCUUCCAAUGAACAUGACUAUGAUGCGUUGAGUUCUUCUGGUGAAUCAACAGAGGAGAUUUUUCAGGGUAUAAAUAGAAGGCGUAAGUUGGAUGUAUGCAAAGAUUCACUGCCAGCUAAAAGAUCAAAAGUAGCAGGAGAGAAUGGUGACAAGUGCAAGAACUCAAGGCAUAGUGAUUUAUCUUGUGAUGUCAAAAGUAAAAGUGAUAAAGUUGUAAAGACAAAAAAAUCUGAACUUUCCGUGAAAACUGAAGGUUCCUUAAUACCGGAGAUGGAAAUACAUCAUGGUGGGAUGCUUGUUGCACGUGAUGAGGCUGUCCGUCCGACAACCAAACAUUCUUAUGUCACGAAUGCAGUUGCUGAUCCCGCCACUAAAACUGCUGCAAGUACAAUUCAAACUAGUUCUCGCUUUGUAAAAGAUGAAACACAUGACAGAUCCGUUAAUAUGACUGUCCGAUACAGGCGUCGAUCAUAUAGAUUUGAUGAUGAUGAUGAGGUGGAGCGGAAGACUCCAAUUCAUAAAGAAUCUGCAAGCAACUUGGUUUUAGCACAUUCUGACAUCUCAGUUUCUGAACAGAAAUUUCACUCUGUGAGGGAGGGUAACAGAGAUUCUCCAUUGAGUAAUGCUGUGGCUGGAAAGCCUGGUAUAACCAGGGAUUUGAAAUCUUCUGCCGGCAUGUCAUUGCCUGUCAAGAUGGCUGAGAAAAUGAAGGAUAGGAUAGAAACAUCUGAAAGAGCUCAGAGUUCUCAAAGUCCUAACAAUCCAGAAUAUCAGAAGUCAUCAUUUGGUGAUUCUAGACCACCCAAUGUUUCACCCAAGGUAUCUGUUGCUCUGGAUGAUGAAUUGAAUUCGACAGAUCAAAUAUCUGCAAACCCAUAUACAAAAGCCCUGGUUUCUUCUUCAGGAAAGAAAUCUCAGAUUGUUCUAUCGAAACUCUCAAACCACCAAUCUGAGAGCUUGAGAUCCUCCCAUAGGCGAGCUACACCAGAAAAAGUUAAGGCAUCCGGUAAAUCAGUUAACGCAAAGGCAACCUUGAAAUGCAACAUGCACAUUAAUGUGCUUACUGAAAACAGGACUGAUAACAAACUUCCUGUGGAACAAAAUUAUGAAAAGAAUGUUCUAGGAAAGAAAAGAUUGGAACCUGCUAAGGAAGAGAAAUUAACAAGCCAUAAUGAAUCUAUAUUUUCUGAUACCACUAAGUCAAUGAAGCACCUUAUAGCAGCUGCUCAAGCAAAAAGGAGAGAAGCACAAUCACGAUACCUACCUCCUAUUCCUACUUUAUCAUCGACUCCUGAUGUGUUCCAUGGAAGGAGUCCAAGUCCUGCUACUCCAAUUCCCUUUUCAUCAUCACAUUCUGUUCAGAAAGAUAUGAGAGGAACUUAUGCUUCCACGCCUUUUGAUUCUCCAUCUGCUGUUUAUCAGGAUUUUUCUUUAGCAAACAAAGUGGAAGUUGAAGAAUAUGAGCACAGGAUUAGUCCUGAAUACAGGCCACCAGGUGGUUCACUAAGUGGUGGUACUGAAGCUGCUGUCGCACGUGAUGCUUUAGAGGGUAUGAUAGAAACACUUUCAAGGACAAAGGAUAGUAUUGGACGUGCAACUCGUCUUGCGAUUGAGUGUGCCAAAUAUGGUAUUGCUGGCGAGAUUGUGGAGCUACUUAUUCAGAAGUUGGAGAGUGAACCUAGCUUUCAUCGUAGAAUUGAUCUCUUUUUCCUUGUUGACUCUAUCACUCAAUGCUCACAUUCUCAGAAAGGGAUUGCUGGAUCAUCAUAUAUUCCUACUGUACAAGCAGCAUUACCACGCCUGUUGGGGGCUGCUGCACCACCUGGGGCUGGUGCUCGUGAGAAUCGUCGUCAGUGUCUCAAGGUUUUGAAGCUAUGGCUUGGGAGGAAAAUUAUGCCAGAAUCUCUCCUUCAUAGAUACAUUGAUGAUAUUGAGGUUCCCAAUGAUGAUGUGUGUGCUGGACUCUUUCUGAGACGCCCAUCACGAGCUGAGAGGUCCGUGGAUGAUCCAAUCAGAGAAAUGGAAGGCAUGCAUGUAGAUGAGUAUGGAAGCAAUGCAACAUUUCAACUUCCUGGAUUGUUAUCAUCUUGUGUUUUUGAAGAUGAGGAAGAUCCUCUUAUCACUCUUCGCAGAAAUUCUGGCAAUGAAAUGCCAGUUGAAUCUGACAAUACUUUGGAAGAAUUAGAUACAUAUGCAAUCACACCCAGCGACAGACAUCAUCAUAUACUAAAGGAUGUAGAUGGUGAACUUGAAAUGGAAGAUGCUACUUUGUCCAAAGAUGAUAAAGACAUCAUGAGAAAUGAUCAUCAAAAAAUUGAAUUACAGCAUCAGGACUCUAGUGUAUCCUUGAAAGCAACAUCUGCUAAUCCGAGUGAGCUGCCCCCUCUACCUACUUCUCCUCCACCUCCUUUGGAUUCUCCACCACCACCGCCACCUCCACCGCCAUUGCCUUCUUCACCACCACCGUCGCCUCCUCCACCACCACCAUUGUCACCAUCCCUAAACCCGCCUCCACCCCCACCACCACUACCACUACCUGGACCGACAUCGCUGCCUUCUGUUCCACUUCCACCUGCGCUGUCAUCAUCCUCACCAGCUUUGUUUUAUCCCCCUAUGCAGGAAGAAUUCAGAAUGCCAAACGGCAAACAUUUAGUCCAUAUGGCUGGUAAUUCUGCAAUGCAGGGACAGGAAACUUCUCUGAAGAGUGAAGUGGUUCCGCAGCAGUGUCCAAACUUUAUGGAAAAUGGAAUGAACAAUACACAGUCUCUAAAUAACUUUACGUCCUCUAGGCCAUUUGAAUAUGGGCAUAAUGAUAUGUAUUUAGCUCCUCAAACUUCUAGUCACAUUCACCAGUUUCAACAAGGAAAUGCAUCCUUCCACCAAAGACCUUACCAUUCACUUCUCCCUUCACAAACUCCCUCCAGUUAUCCCCUUCCAAAUGUACAAAUUCCUGCUGGACAUUUUCCGCAUGUUACUCCAAUGAGUCAACAACCAGUACAGCAACCUUACAAUCCUUACUCGUUGCCAUCUGUUUCUAAUAGUCACAGACAAUAUGUGUCUGAUGAGCAAAGGAGAGCACAUUCUAGUGAUUUUAGCCCCGAUAAUCAGCAUGCUGCUUGGGUGUCUGGAGCAAGACCAUCAUGCUCAGGGGCUCCUCAUGUGCAGGAUGGGCUUAUGAGGUCUAGCAUGGAAAGACCGUUGUCUAACUCAAUGGGAGUGCAUAAUCCUAUACCAUCCGGAGGUCCAGGUCAAGGCCAUGGUUUUCCCCAAGUGCUUCCAGGAAGGCCGAAUAUUCCUGGUCUUAAUUGUUGGAGACCAGGUUAAGAUCAGUUCUAUGUACAUGUUUUGAUAUGUUCUACUCCGAGAUGUCUGCGAGUAUGCCUUCAGAUGUGUGACAAUUUUCAUCUUCUUACAGUUGAUUUUAGGAAAAAAAAGAUGCUAUCAGAGAAUCAGAGUUGGUGUAUCUGGUUUAGUCUUUUGUGAGGAAUAUGUACAUUUGAAUUGUUUUGCAACUGCAUCCAACAAACUAACUUCCUGAAUGUCUUUUGCUAAAACAGAGUUGGUCGCAUAUGUGGAUAUCUAAUUAUACAUCGGGUUGAUGUUGGGAAUUGCAAGACAGUUCUUAGGGAUUUUGUUCCAGCUAAACCAGUUCAAAGACUGAGAUUAUUUGUUGAAAGAUACUGGCUUGCAAAGGUUGUCGUUGUCGUUCCUCCAUUGAAUUCAGAUGGCCAUUGUGUUGCUGGUUAGUCAAUGGAGCUAGACAUAGGAUUUUUGCAGCUUCAUCUUUAUCACUUGAAGAAAGAGAAACUUGAAGGAACUUCUGGGUUUGGUGGGCGGAAGAAAUGCUCAGGGCAUUAGAGCAGAUGAAUGUUCACCAGCAUAAUGGGUAUUUACAUCUGGCUUUGGAUCUUAAUUAGGUAGCAAUGUGAUAGGUUAUGCCUGAUUCAUUUUGACAGUAGCCAGAAUAUAUUAUUAUUCGUUUCUGAUCUGUACAUGCUAGUUUAGGCUUUUGAUAAUUCAUCCAGGUGAUGCAUUUAUGCUUUA